AGAGGCGCCCAGGGGGAGCUGGAGCCGCGGUUGCCAAAGGGACAGAUGGGGGCUUCGGCCAGCCGCCUGCCCCGCGACCUGCUGGGCGAGUACCAGGAGCUGACCUUCCUGAGCAAGCAGGAGAUCCUGCUCGCCCACAAGCGCUUCUGCCAGCUGCUGCCGCGGGAGACGCGUGCCCAGGCCCUGGAGACGCGCGUGCCCGAGAGCCGCCUCCUGACGCUGCCCGAGCUGCGGGCGAACCCCUUCCGCCACAGGCUCUGCCGCCUCUUCUGCACGGCGGAGAACGGCGAGGCGGCGCUCUCCUUCGAGGACUUCCUGGACCUGCUGAGCGUCUUCAGCGACUCGGCCACUCCCGAAAUCAAGUCGCAUUACGCCUUCCGCCUCUUCGAUUUCGAUGAUGACGGCGCUCUAGAUAAGGAGGAUUUGGAGAAAUUGGUGAACUCCCUGACGGGAGGAGGAGAAGACAGCAGGCUGAGCCGGUUGGAGAUGGAACAGCUCAUUCAGAAUAUCUUAGAGGAAUCUGAUAUUGACAAAGAUGGGACCAUCAACCUCUCCGAGUUCCAGCAUAUAAUUUCCCGCUCUCCAGACUUCACCAGCUCCUUCAAGAUUGUGCUCUGAUUGUUUUCUUCUACAAGUUGCUUGAAGAUUCCACCUCUCAGAAAGUGGCUCAUUUUCUCACAGCAACAGGAGCCCAAACCUUGACCCAUCUAGCUCUGAGAGGCACUUAAACCAGGGCCUUGCAAUCAUCUCAACCAGCCGGUCUUUCUAUGGGGAGGGCUGGGUGGGGCAAGGACAUUGGGAGCUGUGGCUGCUGCUAUUCUUUGCUUCUGUCUCACCUGGAGGGUCUGAGCGAUGGCUUGGGGUGACUGCUGUAGGCGAUCAAAACUCAAGAGCAAAUUGUAGCAGGGCUUUGACGUUGCUCCUUCUCCUUCUGCCUCCUCGUGGAGCAACUGAGACUUUUUCUAUUGCAGGGUCUGAAUCACGACCAUUUUUCUUGCUUUCUGAGUGGUGGGGAAGAGCAGCAGUCUCUGGAGUUUGAUAAAUAUACUUGUGACAUGAUUUUGUCUGAUUCCUAGUUUACUAAAUAAAACUCAAUAAAUGGAACCCA